UAUCUAAGCCUUUGAUAGGACAAACGGAUAUCAUGUUUGUCUUGUAUUAAAAAGUUGGUGGGCUAGAAAAGCAAAAAUCAAUGCUAGGCAGAGCAGAGACACCCACCCCCACUUUUCAAAUCUUCUUUUUCAUCACUAACUUCUUUACAGCAUAAAGUUAAGCAAAAAGAGAGAUCCCUUUCAUCACUUUGUUAAUGUUGUCCUUCUAUUUCAACGUGUUAUCAUGUCUUUAUUUUUCAGGUUGACGAGGAUGAGAUUUAUUGGAGACGUAGAAAGGAAGAUGAAGAGUUGGAAUGGACACCUAAUUCCACUCACUUAAUAUCUCAGUUGACUCAAUGUUUUACUAAUGCUAUGGUUGGAUCACGAUCAUGGAUAGGAGGACUCUUUCACCGCACAAACACUAAAAGAAAUGACAAGUUUGUUGACUAUCCUUUGAGUCCAAUUGAGGAGGAAAGACUUCAAAGGCUUCAAGAACGACUGCAAGUGCCUUAUGAUGAGACUUGCCCUGAUCAUCAAGAAUCACUGAGAGCUUUAUGGGAUUGUUCCUUUCCUAAUGUUUCUCUAAAUGGCUUGAUAUCGGACCAAUGGAAAGAUAUGGGAUGGCAAGGUCCUAAUCCAUCGACGGACUUUAGGGGAUGUGGCUUCAUUUCCCUUGAAAAUCUGCUGUAUUUUGCAAGGAAAUUUCCGGCAUCUUUUCACAGGCUUUUGCUGAAGAAAGAAGGAGAAAGAGCAACAUGGGAAUAUCCAUUUGCUGUUGCUGGCAUUAAUAUAUCAUAUAUGUUGAUACAGAUGUUGGAUUUAUGUUCAGUAAAGCCUCGAUGUCCUCCAGGCAUGAAUUUUGUCAAGUUAUUAGGAGAAAAUGAAGAAGCAUUCGAUAUUUUAUACUGUAUAGCUUUUGAGAUGAUGGAUGCACAAUGGCUGGCUAUGCAUGCUUCCUACAUGGAUUUUAAUGAGGUUCUACAAGCAACACGGAUACAAUUGGAGAGAGAGCUAUCCUUAGAAGACAUAAACAAAAUACAAGAUCUGCCUGCUUAUAAUCUGUUGUACUAGAAGCUUAACUCUUAAACAACAAAUUCCAAGUGGCACAAUUUUCUUAGUAUUGCAGACAAUUCCAUUACAAUGUCUCUCCUCAAUGAAUUGCAGGGAUUUACUCCUCUUCAGGAUGAAUUUGUAUGAUGCCCCUUUGAAGUUCUUUACAGCAGACACUUGGAAAAUGAGCUAAUGACAUUGAAGGUUCAUUUUGAGAUGCAUUUUGAAACUACAGUUGGAAUUUCUUUAAUCCUGAGAGAAAAGAGAUGAGAAGUGAG